CUCAUAUCUAGGCCUAGAGAGUCUAGAAACAAUCACAGAAAAAAUCAUACAUCUAUUAGAAAUGGAAAAAAAACGUAACAGUGGUGAAGUAUGAAGUGAGAUGCCGAUACAAACAGGACGGUAUAGGCAUAGCCCAAGGCGUGGUGUGAACUUGGCUUAAUUGACUUCGUCUUCUUCUGAUUCGUAAAUUUUAUGAAAAUCAAAACAAUCAUAUAGCAAUCAUGGCUGGUCGUUACUGUAUUGAAAAAGUUCAAUAAUACUUUUCCAGAUCUAAAAUGGAAAAUGAGGUCACCGAAAUUGAACUGGAAACAGACGAAACAAGUGCGAAACGAUGCAGACUACCUCGAAGACAAACAGUGCAAUCGAAAAAAUUCUGUGCCAAAGAAGAGAGAAACGCAUCAAUAAAAAAAGUUUCCACAAUACUGCAGAAGGAAGAAACAGCAAGAACAACAGAAGAGAAUCGAGUGUUAUUAGAGUGUCCCGAUGCAGUGGAAGAAGUACAAGAAAGACGGAGGAAAAGGGACGAGGCGAAAAAGAGGCUAGAAGAGUUUGAAGACCCUGAAAAUGUACUGAAGGAAAAAUGUCAGACACUGGCUCAAGCUAUUGCUCAAUCCCAACAUUUGGUUGUGUACACUGGUGCCGGAAUCAGUACAGCUGCUAAAAUACCGGAUUAUAGAGGGCCUAAUGGUAUUUGGACCAGACUCCAGCAAGGCAAAGAAAUUGGUGAUCAUGACUUGAGUCUGGCGGAACCAACAUACACCCAUAUGGCACUGUCGGAGUUAUAUCGGAGGAAUAUUCUAAAGUACGUAGUCUCUCAAAACUGCGACGGACUCCAUUUGAGAUCGGGUUUACCAAGAACGGCCAUAUCCGAAUUACAUGGCAACAUGUAUGUAGAAGUUUGCAAGAAUUGUAAACCUCAUAAGGAAUACUGGAGACUGUUUGACGUGACAGAGAACACCGCGAGGUUUUCCCAUAAAACUUCGAGGAGGUGUUACACUUGCAAUGAACCGCUUAUAGACAGUAUAGUCCAUUUCGGAGAACGUGGAAGUCUGCAGUGGCCUCUGAAUUGGUCGGGAGCAUGCAAAAAUGCGAAGAAGGCCACUACGAUACUUUGCUUGGGUUCCAGCUUAAAGGUUCUGAAGAAAUACCCGUGGCUGUGGCAGAUGGACAAACCCGUGAGGAAACGUCCCAAUUUGUACAUUGUCAAUUUACAAUGGACGCCGAAAGAUGACUUUGCCAAUGUAAAAAUAAACGGGAAAUGCGACGAAAUCAUGCGAAUCCUGAUGGACAUACUGGGAAUCUGCGUGCCGAGCUACGACAAGUUAAAGGACCCCAUUCACGCACACGCCACCCAAUUAAACGAACUGGAGUUGCACACGACAAAUCAGCCUUUACUUAAGUUGGAGAAACCGGAGGAGAAUCAGCGUAACGAAGUACAAAAAGAAUUUAAGAAUAAAGACUGUUCUUUAGAUAAUAAUUUUGAUCUCGUUAGGAGCCCCGCGAAGAGACUCGCUUCGGGAAACUGUGAUAAUAGCAAUAAAGGACUACAGCAGUGUCUUCCGCCGAACAAAACUAACUCUAUAUCGAAAUCGUUCUCCAUAGACAGCCUCCUCCAGCCGGACAGCGUUCGUCAGCCGGUAAACAGUUACUUGAUACCUCAGCCCAGCACGCAUGGCUACUUCGGGAGUGUUCUUAGUCCGGAACUGUCGCUGUUCAGUUACAACCUUCUCCGUCAACCAAUGUUAGGUGCCUAUUCGGAUUUCUUUUUGUAUCCGUAUCAGACUAGUUUCUUGUACCCAGGUCUACAUAGUAUUAUAAACCCGUUGCCCGCGUACAAGGAGGAACUAGUGCCGAAAAAGGAGGAAGUUCCGGAAACGACGACGCCGGUGUGCGAAUUUUGUGAUAGACAAUUUAAUUCCAACCUGUGUUUGUUUUAUGAAAAGUCGGAACCAAUAUUCGUUAAUCAGAUGUUUAGGUAUAGCAAGGUAGAGUUGAAGAAUAAGGCGAACGUGUGCGUGUGUUGCGAUUAUUCAACGGACGAGGAAGACAUGAGUUACGUCAGCGGAUUGAACGAUAAGGAGAUUAAUGUUAACAACUACAAGGAUCAAAUUAAGAGUAAAAUACAAGCGGGGUGGUUUGGAAAAGGAUACAAGAAGAGUCGGCGGCCCAAAAGGAAGUCCGUAUGAAUUCGUUUUGACUUCUGUUGCAGUAUUAAAUUAAUUUUUUUUUACAUUUUAAUCCUUUUGACUGUCUAGUAUAUUUAAAUUUUAUAUUUAUU